AUGGCUGGUGCCCUCACCGACGGCAGUACGGAGACCUUCUGGGAGUCGGGAGAUGAGGACAGGAAUAAGGCCAAGUGGAUCCAGAUGACAUACCCUGGUGGUACUCCUGAUGAUAGGCCGCAUAUCCUGUGCGUUCACCUUGACAAUACCAGGGAUACAGUGAACAAGACGUUGCUGGUAUCCUUCUUGUACAGCGGCGGGUCCAGCGAGAUGUUCCACAUGCAAGAUGUCGAGGUGGACCCUAAGACUGCCACCUGGCUUUGCUACACGAUGCCAAGAGGCACGAGUACAUCAGUUCGAGUCCGCUGUGAGCUACGCGGCCCUGAACCCGCCGUGCGAGUACGACAAGUUCGAGUACUAGGCGCGCCGACGAUGCUAGCCUCAGCCGCCGCCACUCCUGCGCAUGUUCUUCAUGGACUCUCAGAAACUGAUACUUUGAGAGUGUUCCGACUUCUGACAUCACAGGUGUUCGGAAAACUCCUUGAAUGGGAUCGGACUGGUAGCGACUCGGGCACUGAAGGGGCGGCCGCUGUGGAAGAUGGAGCGGCAGCCGAUGAUAGUGACCUACGGGAACAUGUAGUCGGCAUACUGUUCGCAGGACAUAAACUCACUUCAUUACAGAGACAGGUAAUGACACACAUAGUGUCAGCUAUAGGCUGCGAGGCGGCACGAGUGCGAGAUGAUUGGGAGACGGCAUUGCUCUGCGCUGAGGCAGCCGAGCGAACAUCUGAGGAACAACAUGCAAGACCACCAGCUCACCAGCAGGACAACUACUGCUUCGAAAUGCUCUCUCUGCUGUUAGCACUCAGUGGCAGUGCCGUAGGACGAGCGCACUUGGCACAACGCACUGAGUUACUGGCAGAUUUACUGGCACUCUUACACACAGGCAGUGAACGAGUACAACGACAGGUCAUAUCACUGCUCAGGCGCAUGAUUACAGAAAUUCCACCGCAGAAAAUGUUAGCCGCUGUCAAUUACGGCAAUGAAAUGAACUCAAGGGUAACCCUCUUAGAUCAUCUGGUAUGCUACUUGGGCAAGGCGAUCACAGUCCAAGUGAAGGUCAAGGGUACCAGCGGUGCCACUCCAGCUUCAGUAAUGAUGGGCAGCAGUGUGGGACAGGCUUCCCCUGCCACCUGGUUCAUGAGAGGCGAGACCACCAAGAAACAUGCGCAUCUAGUCGCUAAACUACUCUCUGAUAUGGCUGAGGAUAAAGUGUCACCAGCUUGGGGUUUGGAUACUCGUAACGCUCUAGCUACGUAUGUAUCGCAAGUGGCUCAGCUCUCUGAAGCUGAUCGAAGACCCACGCGAUGCAUUGCGGCGCCCACAGUGUGGGUCGCUUUGGCUGCCCUGUGCGUGUGUGAGCAGUCUCAUGUCGAAAUGAUUAACAGCUCUGGUGACGGGCGAGAGUCUCGUCGCGGUGAGUCUGACGGGCGACCAUUAUGCUCGAACCACGACGAUGGGAGUACCGCCGCCGUCAUCGACUGCCGAACUUGCGGCCCGCUCUGCGCUGAGUGCGACCGCUUCUUGCAUCUUAAUAGGGCAGCCAGAACACACCACCGACAGAUAUGCAAAGAGGAAGAGAGUGCUAUUCGCAUAGACAUCCAUGAAGGUUGCGGUCGAGCGAAGCUAUUCUGGCUACUUCUAUUGGUCGAUCGGCGAACUUUCAAAGGGUUAGCGGAGUUUAGAGGAAUGGAGAGUGGAGUUUGCGACAAUGCCGCAGGGGAGGGCACUGCGAUACUACCCGGACCGCCUGGUCUCGCUGGCACUUGCCGCUUCUGUGGCACCAGAGGCAAUUCUGGACUACUGGCUAUUGGCAACGUUUGUGCUGACCAACAAUGCCAGGAUCACGGCAAGGAAGCAUGCAGUCGUGUAUUACCCUGUAACCACUUGUGCGGCGGUGUCCGUUCAGAACGGACAUGUUUGCCGUGCCUAUUUGGUUGCGCAGGCGCUCCUGAUGCAGUGCCAUUACGGCAGGAUGCGGAUGACAUGUGCAUGAUCUGCUUUACUGACCCUCUACAAGCUGCCCCCGCUAUACAGUUAAAGUGCGGCCACGUUUUCCACCUUCAUUGCUGCAGAAAGGUCCUGGCCAAUAAAUGGAUAGGCCCCAGGAUCACAUUCUCAUUCUCACAAUGCCCAAUUUGCAAGGAGGACAUGAAUCACUGGACCCUAGAAGAGCUCCUGACCCCCAUCAGACAGCUUUACGAUGAAGUAAAGCGCAAAGCUCUGAUGCGCCUUGAGUACGAGGGCUGUGCGCUCCCUGGACAGGCCAAAGGCAAGGUCCUGCCCGACCCAGCCACUUACGCCAUGGAGAGAUAUGCGUAUUACGUGUGUCAUAAGUGUGGCAAGGCUUAUUUCGGUGGUCUGGCUCGCUGCGAGGCUGAAACUAGUGGCUGGUGGGAACCGAACGAGCUGGUCUGCGGAGCGUGCAGUGACGUCGCUGGAGCCAGGACCUGCCCUAAACAUGGCGCCGACUUCCUCGAGUACAAGUGUCGAUACUGCUGUUCUGUCGCUGUGUUCUUCUGUUUUGGCACGUCACAUUUCUGCAACGCGUGUCACGAUGAUUUCCAGCGUGUCACCAGCAUUCCCAAGCAUCUGCUGCCGCAAUGUCCUGCUGGUCCUAAAGGCGAGCAACUACCAGGCUCAUCAGACGAGUGCCCUUUGCACGUGCAACAUCCCCCGACCGGAGAGGAGUUCGCACUCGGCUGCGGCGUUUGUAGGCAUGCUCAAGGUUUCUGA